ACUCAAACAGGGGAAGACGCGUUGUCGGAUUGUAAGGGUUUAGGGCUUUACGGGGAAAGGGAAACGGGGUUUCUUGUCGUGUGAAAACAGAGUCAGACUGCUCCCUACGACCGACCCCACCAUCUCUCUCUCUCUCUCCAUAGAUCGUAUUCGUGGCUCCCUCCUCACUUUUGCCCACCAAAAUCCCCUCUUCCUUCCCUCUUCUUUUCUUUUGGCUUCCUUUCUCAAACCCAAAACGGCAAAGGAAUAGAAAAGAAAAACCCAAAAUCUUUCCUUUCUCUUAUGAAUUAUUGCUCGAGCCGAAACAACAAAUACGCCCCAAGAUUCCUACUCUUCCGCCCCCUUCCCAUGAUCGGCUUUUUUGCCACCCCCCAUGUUAGAUUACAGCCAUUUCCAACCAAGCCCUAAUUUUUUUCUCUAGGGUUCCUUCCACCAGUGGUGGUGGCCGCCCUUUUGCUGCUCGUGCUUUAAAUGAUCAAUCAAGAACCGACCAAUCAACCAAAUCGAGACCCCCGUCGUCUAUUGUUGCCAAAUUCAUUCGAGCUUUAUUGUCUUUGGUGUCCCGAAAGUAAUCCUAGCUCAUGGCCGGCCAUCAGCAUGCCGCCGGCUCGGUUUCCGGCUCGAGCUCCGGACAACCGCACUUCGUGAAUUCUCCCUUUGGGGACACCACCUACACCAAGGUGUUCGUCGGAGGACUGGCGUGGGAAACGCAGAGCGAGGCGCUGCGCCGGCACUUCGAGCAGUACGGCGAGAUCCUCGAAGCGGUUGUGAUCACUGAUAAAAAUACCGGCCGGUCCAAGGGCUACGGCUUCGUCACUUUCCGAGAUCCUGAAUCGGCGAGGAAGGCGUGGGUUGAUCCGAGCCCUGUUAUCGACGGUAGAAGGGCAAAUUGUAACUUGGCAUCCCUUGGUCGCCCUCGGCCAUCUCCGCCUUAUGGACGUUUGCGUUCAGGUGGUCCUUAUCAUGGAGGUGUUCAAGGUGCUCGUGUGGCAAUUGUUCGAAGCCCCACAUAUCAACAACCCGUUCCCUAUGGAUAUCAACAAGGAUAUGCAUAUCCUUCAUAUGGGUAUGCAUAUGGACCUGAAUAUCUUUAUGCACAGAAUAUAUAUCCUUAUAUGGGGCAUCCAUAUCUUCCUUUAUAUGGGGCACCUGGUACAUUCAAUGCCCCCGUUUACCCAGUCUCACAGUUGAGUCACCAACUUCCUGGUGGACAUAGUUAUGCUGCAGUUCAGGGAUAUGCAGUUCCUGGCCACCAAGUCAUACAAUUGAGUGGCCCAAAUGUCAAUGGAGUGACUACGUCACCUGUGCCUGCAAUUCCAGCACCAUUUCCUGCAGGUAUAGCAUCACCACUUCCAGCAGGGCAGCCACAUUUUUUGGUUCCUGCACAUUCCCCACAAUUUACUCAAGGUACCAGUGGUUCGGACCAGACAGCAAGUUAAAAGUAGCAAGGAGAUGAAUUCAACUUAUUGAGAUUUCCUUAGAUUGCAGCAGGACUAAGAACAGCAGUACUGCUACUCGAGUGGCGGGCUACAAAUCUAGCCUUGCAAGUUAUCAACUUUGCAUUCUAGAGGUCAUCCAUAGUUGUCAGGGUCACCAGGAGAUGAGUCUGCUUUACUGCUGUCUGGUCAUAUUCCUUCGAUUGUUGGGGCAAAAUAGAUACACAGGAUCAUACAUGUUAGUCAUUCUGUUGGUGUCUGUUAGUUCCAGUUUUGUGAUUCUCUAGAUCAAGUGUCGGGUUGAAGGUGGUGUGAUGCCUGUCAGUCUCAAAUUUGUCAAGGAAUACCAGAGGUGCACAUAUACAAGAAGGUAAAUCCUUUUUUUUGUCUUGUGACACAGAUUGUUUGUAAAGGCUGAGAGACGUUUCUCAGUGGGUUGGGUCUGUCUCGGGAUACUGUGAGAUGCUGCUGUAUAUUCAUCUCAUGGUUGGUCAUUGUUGAUAGUAGAAGUCUAGUAAUUCGCCGUCACCUUUUGGUAUGUUGUAUGGAGUCAUUUGGUUUUCAUCCAAUGUUAAAACCAACGGUUUUAGUAACUAUUCUGGUUGUGCUGAUGUAAAUUCCAUUAGCCUUUAUGGGAUUGUGUAUGCAUGAAUGUAAUUAUAAGUCGUCACUUAACUAGCUGUGUUCGGCUUCUUUGUUAGUUUAAAUAUCUAAAUUCCUAUCUGCUUUCUAA